CGCGCGCGACUCUCCCAACCUCAGUGUUGUUCGGGACGCCAUUGCGCAAGGUCGUUUCGCGGAGGUUUCAAAGCGUUCGGCAUCCUCGACAGUCACUGGGUCGGUUCUCGACCUGGUCUCAGUCUGGUUCUUGAUCCUCACCGCUAUAGACGGGAUCUAACAAAAUCCGAAAUUGCACCUUGUGAAUCGCGAGACGAAAGAAGAGAGAGAGAGAGGCAGAGGCGCCGCCGAAAGCUCGACGAUUGAAUCGGUGAAAACGAGGUGGAACCAGAUUCUCGUUGACCCAGUUAAAUAGAGCGCAGUAAAUCCCGCGGCCGGAAUGAACCAUUUGUGGUUUAUAAUAUUUGACGAAUAAAAUGGGAUAAGCGAAGAUCUUGCAUGAAAUGAGCGCCAUGUAACUUGGGCUCAUCUUGAAUCUUAUCGCGAUUCCAUUUGCAACUUAUUUCGUUUCCUUUUUUUUUUUUAUAAAUCAUUUACCGGUGUUAAAAUCCGGGCGUUAUGAAGACCGUUGGUGUGAGUUAAAGUGGUGUUUUCGCGCGUUUAAUAUCACGGCGUAAUCAUAGAUUGGCACGGUAAUCUUGAGGGUAAGAUGAGCCCGACCUCCCAGGGCGCCCUGGAGGUGGAACGUUACAUCGGAAGCUGUUUGAUAUCGUCUAGUGCUCGACCUGCCCUUCACAAGAGUGUCAAGAAGCAGCAGGAACAAAUUUGUCGAGGCAAACCUCGCUACUCCCAACAAACGUUCGGCUCAUCAAACCCCACCGAUCAGUCUCAGGUCCAGUAUUCUCCCCAGGGUGGCUGGGCCGGCACUCCCCUCAUAUCUAUGACAACUUCUCCCCGGAGGAAUAACCACCGCUUGUCACCCACCCUCGCCCAACAACAACAACAACAACAGCAACAACAACAACUACAACAACAACAACAACAACAACAACAACAACAACAACAACAACAACAGCAGCAGCAGCAGCAGCAGCAGCAGCAGCAGCAGCAACAGCAGCAGCAACAAUUAAUCAGUGAGACUGACCAAGGAAACCCGCAUCAACGAAACCCACUUUCACGACUCGCUAUUCAUACUCAAGGGGCCCCGCUAAUUUUGUCGGGUCGAUUCAACGCCUGGGGAAAAUUACACAACGGUAACGUUGGGACAAUUAAUAAUAACAACGGCAACAACAACAACAACAACAACAGCAGCAACAACAACAACAACAACAACAACAACAACUGCAGCAGCAACAACAACGUCGCAGGGAGCAACACGAAUUUUGGGAACGGAUCGCGAUGCGCACCGCCGCGUUUUCAGCGUAGCGGAGACCCGUUGAAGAAGGCGGGUAAUUUGAGUCAAGGGUCAUCCGGUAAGGAGAUGAACGGAGGAAACGUGGCGAAUAUAGACUCGCUGAGUAUCGCGAGCGACGAGAGUUCGGGAUCGAACAAUUCGGAGAACAGUUUGCCGAGGAUAAUAAAGCCGAGGAAGCGUAGAAAGAAGGAUCGGAAACCACCGAACGUGACGACGGAGAUUUCGAAAUCCGAGGAGCUCCCAGCUGGGGGCGUCUCCGAGACGUCUAGCAUAGUCACGCUCAAGCCCUACGUGCCCGUCUGCUACGAGAGAUUCGAAUCCCACCGGACGCCGCCGCCUGGUGGUAAUCGUCGACCGCCGUCGAGCAGAGAAAGUUACUCUUCCGGGCGGCCCCAUUCGAAUCAGGAGAUCGUUGACACGAGGCAACGAUACCACCGGCACCACGUCAAGGUUCUCGACAACAACCGAAACGUCCUCGCCGUCCCGUCCGGCCGCGUUCAGCAACCCGGCGGCGAGGCGAGGUUCUACAGGAACACGGGUCACCAGUUCGUCCACGUGGUUGACGGGGUCAACGAGGUUACGGGGUGCAAAGAGGGUGUCUUUGACGGGCCGGGAUCGUGCCAGUGCCGCUACUGCGAUCCCUCGGGUCUGAUCUGGGACGUCGACCAGAACGGAUACUCGCCGUAUUUGACGCCGCCGCCGCCGACAGACUACAACAGUCCUCACUUCUCCUCCGUGCCGUUGUUCUUGUCGCAGGGGAUCAACGGGCAGGUGGAAAAAGCGCACGAGUAUCCCGAGGAGUCGGCUUCGAUAUCGACGUUCUACCACGAGCGAGAGAACGCCGCUUUGAGGAGAAGCUGGAGCGAUCCGACAAGUUUCUUCAGCGACGAGAUAACCCCAAAUCGAAGUGUCGGGGUCAUCGGUGACAGGGCACCUCCUGCUGAGACGAGUCGGACGAAACACGCGACCUCUUGGAGGGGCUGGAGCACCGGGAACGCCGCUCCGUCUCCCGGGACGUCCCAGGGACUCGAGGUGUCGACUGAGAUUGUGACCUCGCUGAAUGGUCAUCGCGAUAUCGAGAUCAAGUUCUACUCCUCGUCUCCCCCUACGGCUGUCCCCGAUGACUGCAAAUCGGGGUUCACCUUCCCGGACGAGGAUCUGAGCGACAUUUGGAGCUACCACGAGUCCAAGCUGCAGCAGGACUUCCGCACGCUCCUACAGGCCGAGGAGUGAGUGACCAGUGGUGGACUCAGUUAGUGAGUGAUGAUCGUGAUCGAAGCGAUUGACGAGAGUUUUUUGCCUCGUGCAAGCCCCUCGCCGUUCGGGUGAACCACAAAAAGUUCGUUGCGUCGUUUUAUCACCGUGUCCGAACUGUCCUAUCGCGUUAUCGUCUACGUCGCGCGAUUACGACGUCGGGCGAUGAUUGAAAUGAAUAAUCCACAAAACGACUGCGGGAACGUAAAAGCGGGAGAAAACAAAAAAGAAAAAGUUGAGGCGCGGAGAAAGAGAGAGAGACGGAACUCGUAACGGUGCGAGUACGUGAGCUGAUUACAAACGAGUCACGUAUCUCGUUUACGUCGAGUACCUACCUGCCAGUCUGCCUACGUACUCCCUGAUUACGUACACCGGGACGAAGAAGAGUGUGCGAUAGUAACGUAACGUAUGCACGAUACCGUAAAUAGCAAAGUGCGACGAGCUAUACUAUCCUCUAGCUUACGAUCCUCCUCAUUGUUGUUUUUCAUGCUGAAACAGCAACGUGUGUGAGAUUACCGACCCAAUGAGCCCCACUGCUUGUGUGCACUGACUAUAAGCCGGCAGCGUAUGUAUCCACCUCUUCAGGUCGGUCGGUCAGUCAGUCGUUGAAGAAGCGGAGGCGAGAGAUGGAAGUGAAGGGAAAGGAAAGGAAACGAGUCCCACUUGUCGUGCUAAUGACCGAUGUGUCAGCCACGUCGCGAGAUGCGAUAUGCAGGCAUGGAAUCACUCAUUGUUUUUCUUAGCAAGGAGAUGAGAGACAAAAAAAGAGAAAACAAUGAACGUCUAAUUUACAGAAUAGACCAGGACAAAGAACUUGUUCUCGUCACUUACUCCGAAUUGUAUUGGAUUCGGUUGCUUCCCAAACGACCGUCCAUAGAACAAGUAUUUGCCUGUGUACCGCAUUCGGAGUCUCCAAUAUCAUGCGGUGAUGAUCAAUGGGACACCUUUACGCACCGCGCGAUCGGAAGGGAAGAAGAUGGAAAGCGGCUUUUCCGGGAACGUAACCCGUACGUGCCGUGCUUGUGUAAAUCGCGAGUUGAAAUUUUAUUUCAGUGCGUGUAUUACGUUUAGUUGAGAACAAAGAGAAAUUGCGGAUAAUGCAUCCGUUAUUCGGGACGUAUCAACACCCCUUGAUACUAACUAAGUGAUCUCGUUGAUCGUUCGACAAUGUCUAUAUGUGCAUAAAAGAAAGGAAAAAAAAAAAAUGUCGAAUAACUAAAAGAUAAAACGCUAACGAAACAUUAUGUAGAUCUGUAUAUGUAUGCUGUGUGAUUGCGCGUGAGUAUGUCUCUGCCUGUCUGCCUCUGUGUGCAAGGGAGGGAGGGCUUGUGAAGAACAAGGGGGCAGAGGGGUCGACGCGGUGUUUGGGUAAGGAUAAUGGUUUUACGUGUGGGUUAUAAAUGGGUUUGCCUUCGUUCACGGCGAAAGGACUUGUGGAAACGCCGGAGGAAGCCAUCUCGUCGACUAACUUGCUGUAUCGUAGAAACUGAGAACGACCCUGUUCCAGCUUUGCUCGGUGUUACCCAACUUUCAAGCCUUCCGCAUGUGUCAUUGAUCCGCCUAUUCUCACCGCUCUUUAAUUCUGCGCCACGAUUGCGAUUAUUUUUUCAUUCAUAAUCUAUUUCUCGUCGUUUCCACGAAUACAGUCUUGAGCGAAUGUAUCCACGGUUAAGACCGUAUCCAGCAAUCUCUGGGAAACCGAACGAAAUUUCAUCUCGCGUCGUUGAUCUUGUCGUUAUAGGGAGUUUCUCUCUUUUCUUACCAUCACCGCCCCUCGAUCGAAACCCACCGAUCUCUUGUUACGCUAUUUAUUCCAGUUCAUUAAUUCUUAUAGCGUCAUUGACAUUUUUAUAAGCCGAUGGUCUUUUUGGUUGCGUCUUUACGCCACUGAACGCUACCCUGGAGUCCUGUUGCGUUUCAUUCGCUUCAUAUCCUUCGACCUGAACCAUUUCUCAUUUUUUGGUUAUUGGUGAAGUAUUCACUCUAUCUUGCAAUCCCAACAACAUCUGCUAUCGUACCAGCGUAUCUCGAGGCGAACAACAUGUCACGGGUGAAACGACGACGUUUCCUAAAACGAGCCAAGCAACGAGCCAUUCGUCACAAGUUACAGUAACAAAAUAUGUGAAUUUUGAACUUAUUACAUGAAAUCCAAAUUGCUACUCUCGUACGCUUCACGCCCUGAUUUGUAUCCAAAUUGUUCACCUCGUUCGCAGUGACCCGUGCUCUGUACUAAAUCUGUGCGCUACUUACUUCAUAGACGAAUAAUUGAAUCACCCGUUCGGUCGAUUUCCACCCCGGCAUAAUUAUCCGCCACACCACCUCUCGGUUGGAAUCGGAUUUCAUCGGCCUGCAAUCACGACCACAUAUCGCUCCUAGUCUAAACUGUACCGCUAAUUAACGUCAUUUACCGACCGAGUCUGCAGCAUCAAGUUGAUUGUGUAUUGCGGAUAACAAGUAUUUAUUUAGCGCAUAACGUACGCGAGUGUGGAUUUAGCGUUGGUGCGAAUGUGUCGCGAAUGAACUCCUGCGGGUCAACAUAGCUUUUGCAUACGAAUGCAUGUACGAACUUCGUUAUUUAACAAGGUUUGAGAUUGGAUUAUCAAAAAGGUGCGGAAGAACGUGUCGCUUGAAUUCUCGGCGAUUUGUGAACAGCGACUGUGGAUGUAGUGGAUGUAAAGCGUCAGGCUAUAUCCAUUUACGUGUACGUGUGGCAAUGAGUGAAAUAUUUGAACCGGUAUGUGUUAAGGAAUGUUGAAAUAGCCUAAAUCGUAAAAAUUUGUGUAUAGAGAAGACAUGUGUCUGCAAUCUCUAUUCGUUGUACCGAAAAUCAUGUUACUAACGUUAAGCAUGUAUAGAGGUUAAGUGAAAUAUGUAUAUGUACGGACAGCGAUGCCCGUUUAUGAAUUCAUAUAUUUAUUAGAAUAUACGUGUGUGUUUAUAUAGGGUAGAUUCAUUUCCCGUAUGUUGAAUAAUUCCACCAACGCAAUGAUCGCAUUUUUAACUUGGCCUUGGAUCUCAUUUAUCAGCUCGGGCGAGAGUGACGAGAGAAUUUUCUUUCAAACCUGGAACAUUUUGUCCAAUCGAUACUGCGGAAUGAAUACUUCAAGCUGCUCUCGUCCCAGUUAUUAUUAUGUAUUAUAUAUUUGCUAAGAGAGGCCUGGGCGUCUGCUUCAAAAUACGGAUAAUCCUUUCGAAAACUCAGCUACCUCCGCUGAUAUCAAUCCUUAUUUCGUGCGUCGGACAGUCACUUUUAUAUUUUUCACUUCCCAUUCAUAUAUUGUACCUCAUGCUUCUGAAUAAGUGAGCUCACGUAACGUCUGCACUUUCACUCUCUUUGGUUAAGUAUACGAUGUCUUCUCUGAAGCGAAACCUCGCGCUGGCCGAUGCGAUGGUGUAGCAAAAUACGAUUAUGGUAACUGGAGUUUUGAAGCGGAAAGUCUGGGGCUCGACGAGUCACGUAGUAACGGACCCCGGACGAAUUCGGACUGCGACGUUGAACACCCGACUUCGACGAUGGUCCAACAAUGCCAAUUUGUAUCUGCGAUCUAGAAACACGCGUUCCACGUUUUGUCACGUACUCUCGCGACCGAGAGAGAGAGAGAUAGACUGCCACCUGCUGUUGGUGAAAUUAUUCGUUACUGUUUUACAUUCGUGUUUUCUACUUACUUUACCGUCUAGAUCCUUCUCUCAGCCAGUAUAAAAUGAAAUACACUGAAAUAAAGAAAAGAUAAAUCUAUACAACUUCAA